AUGCGUUGUACUCUUACAAACCCCACAAACAAGAUUGCAAAAUUCGGGUUCGAGCACACUGAUCAAAUGUGUGACUUUUAUUUAUUUUACGGAAUUCCACCAGACGAUUAUGAGUCUUAUGAUCAAAUCAUCUGUGGCCGAGAUGCACAAAAGUUCCACUUGAAAGACAUAAUAUGCGGCUACACGGAGCCCUCACCUGGACGGGCGGCUAUACGAAGUCCUCAUCCAGACGGGCGGCUACAAGGAGAAAUCCGGACGUACGGCUAUACGGAGGCCUCAUCCGGAUGUACGGCUAGUAGGGGCCUUUAUUCGGACGUGCGGCUACAGGCAGCCCUCAUCCGGAAAUACUGCUAUACGGAGUAUUCAUCCAGACGUGCGGCUACAAGGAGAUAUCCGGACUCGGGGCCCUUAUUCGAACGUGCGGCUACAGGUAGCCCUCAUCCGGACAUACGGCUAUACGGAGUAUUCAUCCAGACGUGCGGCUACAAGGAGAAAUACGGACGUACGGCUAUACGGAGCCCUCAUCCGGAUGUACGGCUAGUCAGGGCCUUUAUUCGGACGUGCGGCUACAGGCAGCCGUCAUCCGGACAUACGGCUAUACGGAGUAUUCAUCCAGACGUGCGGCUACAAGGAGAAAUAUGGAGCCCUCAUCCGGAUGUACGGCUAGUCGGAGCCCAUAUUCGGACGUGCGGCUACAGGCAGCCUUCAUCCGGACAUACGGUUAUAUGGAGUCCUCAUCCAGACAUACGGCUACAAGGAGAAAUCCGGACGUACGGCUAUACGGAGCCCUCAUCCGGACUUAUGGUUAGUCGGGUCCCUUAUCCAGACGUACUCUCCUCCUCCUUUCUUAUUCCUCUCCUCCACUUCUUCUUUCUUCUGAUCCUCCCCCUUCCUCAUUCUUCUCCUCUUUCUUCGUCUCCUUUUAUUCAUCCUCUCUUCCUCCUACUUCUUCCUCCUCCUUCUUCUUCUUCUUCUUCUCUCCCCUUCAUUCCUCUUCUCCUCCUCCUUUCUUCUUCCUCUCCCCCUCCUCCUGCUCCUCUUCUUUUUUCUCCUGAUCCUCCCCCUUCCCCAUUCUUCUCCUCUUUCUUCGUCUUCUUUUCUUCUUCCGCCCCUCUUCUUUCUGCUUCCUCUCUUCCUUCUUCUAAUCCUCCUCCUUUCUCCUCCUCCUUAUUCUAA